GGACAUUUUUCAUCAAGAUUCGUUCAGGCACUCUCUGCUUUUGCAAUGCAGACAAAAACUGUCACAUUCAUCUCCAUCAUCUUGGGGUGCGUGUGUAUUGUUGCUAUCAUAUCGCUAUGCAUUUUGGGCCCGGUCCUUCAUCACAUGAUAGACACUCAGUCUCGGCUAGCCCCCGGUUCACUAACUUUUAAACAAUGGUCUGAGCCAGAUGCCUCUAUCUUCCUGCAAUUUUACUUUUUCAAUUUGACUAACCCGCGUGAAUUUCGAAAUGGAUCGAAGCCUCGUGUGCAGCAGUGGGGACCAUACACUUACCGUGAACGGCGCUUCAAACUUAACGUGGAAAUCGAUCGCUCAAAUGACACUAUUUCUUACAAGGAGAUAAAGCAAUACUUUUUCGUGCGAAAUUUGUCUGUAGGUCCUGAAUCGGAUCUUAUCACAACUGUGAACAUUGUGUACCUGACUCUGACGAACAAAGCUGGGACCAACAAGUACUUUGCUUACAUACUUGAGCUGGUUUCGAAAUACUUCGGUGAGCAGCUUACUUUACAACGUAGCGUAGGCGAAUUGAUAUGGGGAUAUGACGAUCCCCUGUUGAAUUUUUUAAAAACUCACCAUUUCCCCGUUAACACCAGUAAAGUCGGUCUGUAUGCGGACAAGAACAACACUGAUGACGGCACCACUAUCAUCGUUCUUGGGGACAAAAAUCGUGAUAAUAGAGGAAAUAUUUUGUCUGUUCGCGGGAGCCGCUCCCUUUCUUGUUGGAGUUCACCAUCUGCAAAUCAAAUCAACGGCUCAGAUGGCUCACUUUUUCACCCCUUUCUAAAACCUGAAGAAUCCAUAUUUGUCUUCUCGAUGGAUAUUUGCCGGUCCAUCGAAUUUGUUCAUGUUGAACCAGCUAUAGUACACGGUAUACCAUGUAGGAAGUACCUGCCGUCAGAAGACACACUUGAUUCUCCUUUGGAAAACUUCAAAAAUCGUGGCUUCUGUCUCCAUUGGCCUAACUGUUAUGGAAGAGGCGUAUUGGAUUUAUCGUCUUGCCAGUCGGGAGCACCAGUUGCAAUGUCAUUGCCACAUUUCACUCAUGCGGAUCAAAUGUAUUUGGAUGCUGUCAUCGGUUUGCACCCAUCUGCCGAGUUCAACACAACUUUCUUCGUGGAACCAUUGACAGGAGCUCUGUUACAUGCCGUUAAGAAACUACAACUGAACGCAAAUGUCACGAAAAACCCUACAUUUCGAGAGCUGACAAACGUCUCUACUGCGCUUAUUCCGAUCGCGUUCGUCAAUGAAAGUGUUACUUUGGAUUCGGCUACCGCCAGAAUACUCCGAGAUUCGUUGGUUCUAACUCCUCUUAUCAUUAAAGCUGUCUCGGGUGCGAUGCUCUUCGGUGCUCUUGCCACUAUCUUCAUUUGCGCCGUUUUCUUUCUGUAUAAGAGGCGGAUAGAUAGAACGAAUGCCGAGACACGGCCGCUUCUUUCAGAUGCUGACUCACAACCAAUCUAUUCCUGAUUACUUGCGCCAAAUUGUCACCUAAUUUUGCUCUUCAACUUUACUGCCCUUGUUAUUCUACUCCUAACCUUUUCUUCACCUUCUUAUCCCGGUGCAAUUGCUAUUCGUGGCUGUUCACGAGGUCAGGUCACACUCGUAGCAUAGUUGGUCAACCUACGGAGCGAUCAUAUUCGCGGGUCAUCUAUGCGAUUGACGAACUCCACGUGCGUUACGCAUUGAAUUGCCUCAGCACAAUUUCGGUGCCUUCCACUUUUUCUAUCUUUUGCGAUCAAGUUACUGCCGUUUUCAAUUAUCACCCUUUGUUCAGAGCUUAUCUGCCCUCGCUUCCCUGUUUAAUCCCAAAUACUUGUGACUGUUAGAUUGGGAUAUCAACAACUUAAUAUUGUGGCCCAGUGCCAUGGAUUACAACCGCUACAAGUGGAAGAACGUUUCCCUAACUGACCGGUCUAAUUUUUUUACAUUUGGCGAGGGAUAGUGAUUUGUUUUUCUUUACUACUCUUGUCUCGAAUUUUCCAUUUCCAACUAUACACUCUCUUGAAAUCCAUAACUUUUACAAAAA